AUGCGGCCGCUAUCGCCACUGCUGCUGCUGCUGCUGCUGCUGUUGUUGGUGAUAAAGAUAGCUUGGCAAAUGCCAAUGAAAUUCAUUAAUGCAAUCAAAUUUAAGAACAGUAUUUUUGACGGCAACAAAUGUUGUAACGGCAUCAACUACAUCAGCUACAACAACUACAACUACAUCAGCUACAACUACAUCAACGACGUCAACAUCAACUUUCUAUCCAAUCAAAGAUCAUUUGACGAAAGCAACACUUUCAUCAAUUCAUCUUCAUCAUCGAGUACUAAGAAGAAAAUGUCAUUGUCAGAGUACAGAAACAGGAUGAAGAUAUCCGUCAACACUUCAUCAUCAGCAGCAGCAGCCGCGACAACUUCGUCGUCGUCGUCGUCAUCAUCUCCACAUCUCUUCUCAUCCUCAUCACCACCCCCACCACCUUCUUUCAUGUCCCCACGGCAUUCGUCGUCCUCUCCACCGACGACAAUGACGUCAUCAUCGAUGGCAUCAUCUGGACCAUAUUCAACUUUGGACCCGCGCAUAAGCCGCCACACUCAGCACUUGAAUCACUCUCACCCUCCGAGAUUCGACGAUGACGGUCGCGGCGACAAUGGGGCCGUUCUCCUCGAUUAUUACGUCGGCAAUGAGGAUGAAGAUAACGAUGACGUCAUUGGGGAUUUCAUUGCUGCUGGUAGUGCUGUAGAGAUACGAAGUCUAUCUACGUCAUCGUUGUCAAGAGGCAGGUCCAAGAAUAACUGUGCAGUGAUGAGGGAGAAGAAAAUGCUGAUGACGACCCGAACAUCAACUGCGCCGACGAUGAUGUCCAUGAAGAAUGCAGGCUGGAUGUUCGAAGAUACGGCCGCUGAAAAAGUUCUUAUCAAUAAGUCGUUGACUCUCACCGAGAGGCUGAAAUUAGAAUUCGGAGUUGAUGCACACGACGAUGCAACAACAUCGGCAACAACAUCACCUAGGAUGAAAUGUUGGAGGAGACAAGAUAAAUCCAUUCCACAUGGUAUCACAUCAACGACCUAUGAGGAUGACUAUGGUGAUGAUAGCAACAACAAUAACAAUAAUCAACUAGCGAAAUCAAUUCAACACAGGAGCAAGAAGGAUAACAACAGCAACAAAGACGACGACGACAGCAAGCAGUUGAGAGAACGACAACAACAAAACCACCAUCACCAGCACCAUCGCCGCUGCAUCUCACUGAAGUCUAAUUCAGGUUCCAACAUCACUUCCGCUGCCACUGAUGGCGUUCACGACGCUCCUAAGUUAGUUGCAGUUAAUGAUGAUAAUGAUGUUGAAGAUGAGGAGGAGGAGGAUGAGGACGAUGAUGGAAAGUGCUACCGAUAUGAGAAACCCUCCCUGGUAGAGAGUGAAGUUGAUGGCUAUUUCGAUGAUUAUUACGGAGACAGUAGGAGGGCGUUCCGAGGUUACAAUGGUUCCUCAUCUGCUCACUCGUCGUCGUCGUCGACCUCGUUGCUGCUGCUACCAGUAAAUAAUAGUAGUAGCAGCAGCGGUGGUGGUAGUAGCAGCAGAGGUCGCUGCCAAGAUGCAAUAACGAGAGGAGGGAUAUAUGAUGAUGAAAAAGUAUACAGUGGUGGGGGUGGUAGUACAACAACAACAGCAGCAGACGUGAGUACAGAGAAGAGAUGCAUCAUCAUAGCUCACAAAGUAGAUCUCCAUUGGCUCGCUACCAACAACACAGACGGCGACAACAACAACACUUCCAGCAUCAUCAAUACUACCAACAGCAACAACAGCAGCAACAACAACAUUCACCUAGAUAUAUCUCAAAUGCCCGGGAUAGAAUGA